AUGACGAUUGCAAUCUCUUCGUUCGAAUCAUUUCCUUGUCGUUGCUAUUUUUCUCUCCCUUCACUUACUGCAUCUGUCAUCAUCACCUCUCCUUCCCCCUUCUCGCGUCUCAUCCCUCCAACCACCAACCCACCAGUGCUCCUACUCGCAACACCGAUCGCCACACCCCCACAAGCCGCUGCCAACUCGGUUUCCGCCAGCAAUCGAAUCCCCGCUGCGGCAGCGCUGCUUGCACGAUCCGCAAUUCCCGGGCCAACACCCAUCGCCAACAUCCCCCUCUUCCCCUCCGCUUCCCCCGCCACCACCAUAAGCGGCGGAGGUGCCGGAAGUGACGUCACUCCUCUCGCUUCCGCGGCCGCCUCCCUCUCCGCCACCCAGAAGACCGCCUCCGCUGCUCCGCACAUGCCUUCCGCCCCCGCCAGCACUCCUUCAGCCAUCUUUCCGCCUGCCGCUUCUACCAUAGUCCCCGCCAAGAAAACGGCUACAGCCGCGGCUGUAGCGCCCGCGCCUGCCCCGCGUUCCACGUCAGCGCCGCCCAAAUCCCCUCCCGCCAUGACUCGUGGCGGAAAGGCAGGCGCGGUCAGCUUGGAGCGCGCGCCAGUGGGGGCUGCGAUUCUCCUUAACGCGGUGAAGGCCGCGGGGCUGCGCGCGCGCGCGAGCGCGUGCGUGUUUGUCGCGGAGAAACGGGAAUUCGUGCUGGUGGAGGGACUUAGUACACUGGUUCCGCUCAACUCGACGGACGCGUGGGCGCCUCCCAUUGGUCGGAAGGUGCUGACGAACGACUGCCAGUUCUUGAUUGACGCCACGUGUCAAGAUGUCACGCCCACUGGCGGAUGCGACGACCACAACGAAUGCACGACCGACACGUGUGUGCCGGCCGACCCAGCCACGUGUUUGCCUUAUCCCGACUGCCUCUUAGCGGGUCCAUCCUGUUCUUAUACCGCGUCUCCCGAUAGUGUCACGAAUCCAGAUUGCAUCGCGCCGCCAACUCCCCCGUCUGCGCCGAAAGGCGCGGUUUCAUCCGCUUCCGCCAAUGUAUCCGCAGGCGAUGGCGGAAGCGAGGGGGAAGGUGGCGGAAGCGGAGAAGGGGAUGGAAAAGACGGGGAAACGGGGGAGAACGCGGGGACUGCGGAUUCGGAUACGGAGGGGAAAGGGAAGGCGGAGAGCGAGGAAGGGGAGCAAAAGGGCGCAGGAGACGCAUCUGAAUUGGACGGCGGCGAUGCUUAUAACGAGUAUGAUACUGGGGAUAAUAACGAGGACGGGUCAGAUGACACUAUCGAGAUCGUGGGAACAAUGCCGCCGCCUCGCAGCGCGUGCAUCUUCAUCCCCCAUAAGAACCGCUUCAUGAUCCGCUUAAAGAACCGCUUCCGCGUCCGCCUCUCCGCAAGCGACGCGUGGGCGCCGCGGCCCGGGCAAGUCGCCAUGACCGGUAACUGCCGGUUUAUAAUCGACUCGGCGUGCGGAGUGGUGGGGAGACCGGGGGGGUGCAACGACGGGGACGAAUGCACGGAAGAUUACUGUUUGUGGCAAGGCGGGAAUAACACUAUCGGGAGUUGCACGCCGUUCCCGUCGUGUUUCUACGAGAGCGCGCGGUGCGAGCGGCGCGUGAAGGAGGAGUGCAUUGGUGGAGGGGGAGGGGGAGAGGUGGGCGAUGGGGGGUUUGCGGCGGGUGGCGGAAAAGGGAUUCGGACGGUGACUAGUGCCGGUGCUGCCGUGACUGGCGGCGCUGGCGGCACUGGCGGCGCCGACGGCGCUGGUGAUGACGGCGGGGGUGACACAGGGGAGAGUGUGACUCAAGCGAAUGGCAACAGCGCAGCCACUGACGGAAAGGAGAGCAGCAGCAAUGGCGGCGGCGAUGGCGGCGGCAUGAGCACGGAGGAGAUAGAGGCGCUGGAGGAGGAAGCACUAGCGCAGCGGCAGGCGCACGGGCAAGGGGAGCAGCAGCAACCCGCUUCAGACCAAGACGAUUCACCAGGCUCGGCAGAAUCAGGCUCGGAAGACCCGGACCUCCUCGACCCGCGCCUUCGCGCCCCGCUCCCCCGCCCCGCGUGCCUGUUCCGCCCGAAGGAGGGGCUGUUCGUCCGCGUGGAAGGCUGGCCGUUCUCCGCGCGCCUGUCGCGCGCGGACGCAUGGGCGCCGCCGCCCGCCGCCACGACUCUCUCGGGCGACUGCCGCUUCGAGCUCGACUCGUUCUGCUCGGUCGUGUCGCGCGUCGCGCGCGGGUGCGACGACGGCGACGCGUGCACGCUCGACACGUGCGCGUGGGCGGGGCGCGCGAACCGCGUCGGCAGCUGCGAGCCGUUCCCCUCGUGCUUCUACUCUUCCGCGUUCUGCGUGCAUACGGACCUCUGCGGACGGACGGCGGGGAACGGCACGCGCGGGCGGGGAGGGGUGGUGAAAGAAACGAUGGUGGGUGGUGGAGGCGUGGGGGUGGAUUCGGAUGGGGGAAGUGGUGGUGGUGCUGCUGCUGAUGGCUUAGAUGCUGAUACUGACAGUGAUGGUGACAGUACUGGUGCUGAUGGUGCUGCUGACGCUGACGGUGAUAGUGACAGUACUGAUGCCGAUGGUGAUGGUGAUGGGGGUGCUGACGAGGUGAACGAUCCGUAUUCCGACCCUCCCGAUCAGGAAUGGCCCAACUUUCAGAUCUACCCUCCCCCCAAAUCCGGCUCGGUGGUGGAAGCUUCACAGAACAACUCCUCAGGCGCAGGAGGAGGAACGUCCAACGCAACCACUACGCAAGACGUGCUGCGCACGCUUUCCCAGCCUAUCCCCGUUACAGACACCUCCGUUUCAGGCUCUUUCAACGUGUACCAUUUCGGCGCGCUAGGCGACGGGCAGAACGACGAUGGCGAGGCUAUUGAGGCAGCUUUUAACGAAGCAUGCAAAUGGGCGCGACAGAACAACGCCAAAGCCACCGUCACCAUUCCCGAUGGAGCUGAUUUCCUCACCACACCCAUGGUAUUUUUGGGGCCCUGCGGGCCAGGUGUCAUCUUCUUAUUGGACGGGAGGAUUCUGGCUCCUAACAUGCCCGUUUCUUCCUACCAAUCGGCUUACAGCGUGGCGGCGCAUCUUUAUUUCGACCGGGUGACUGGGCUGACCGUGACGUCGUCCGGGCAGGGCAGGCAGGCGGGAAGUUUUGACGGGCAGGGGCUGGAGACAUGGCGGGAACAUUUGUCGCUCGGGCAGCCCGACUCAUACGCCCGACCCAAAGGGUUUUUGUUCCAUAAGUGUGAUAAUCUCGUUAUAGAGCAGAUUACUGUACGAAACCCGCCUGAGACGCAUAUCAGCAUACAGGAGUGCAACAACGUGAUUGUACAGGAGGUGACUGCAAUGAGUCCGUACAACAGCCCUGGGACUGACGGGCUGCACCUGGCUGCUGCAACGAAUGUGAUUAUAAGGAAUUGCAGGAUGCACACGGGCGGCAACGGCAUCGCUAUAGUGGAUAAGAGCGCCAACAUCAGCAUCAGCCGUGUGUUCAGCUCUGCUGGUCGUGGCAUCAGGUAA